AUGGACAAUCUGACAUUAGGAAACAACAUUCUGCUGGUGGAGGGAUUGAAAGUGACACCUCAGUCUUCUUAUCCUGUGUUCAUUCUGCUUCUCUUAGCCUAUGUCUUUGCAAUGGCAUCCAACAUAACACUUAUAAUUAUCAUCUCAACAGAAAAGAAUUUGCAGCACCCUAUGCAUUUUCUGUUUUGUAAUCUACCCCUGAAUGAUAUAUUAGGAACCACUGUUAUUUUACCACGUUUACUGCGGGAUAUUUUAACAGAAGCCUCUGUGCGAUAUAUUACAUACGUGGAGUGUGUAAUUCAAGCUUAUUUUGUGCACAUAUUUGGUGCAGCGUGCCACUAUGUUCUAAUAAUAAUGGCAUUUGACAGAUACGUGGCUAUAUGUAACCCAUUGCGAUAUUCAGCUAUAAUGACAAAUAAAAUGGUGGUUAAAUUAUCAGCAUCAGCCUGGGGAUUGGCAGUGCUUAUAGUGUCUAUAAUGUUAGGUCUCACAAUACGCCUCUCUCACUGCAGAUACAAAAUUGAAAACCCUUUCUGUGACAAUGCAUCACUGUUUAAACUAUCAUGUGAAGAUGUAUCUGUUAAUAAUGUGUAUGGAAUCAUUUAUACAGCGAUUGUACUCACCCUUUCAAUAUUGUGUAUAGUUAUAACAUAUGGCAGGAUUGCUACUGUGUGCAUUACCAGCAAAAGCAAAGCACUCAACAGCAAAGCCAUAAAAACCUGCAGUACUCAUUUAGCUGUUUAUUUAAUCAUGUUUGUAUGUGGAGCCAUUUUUAUAUUUCUGCACCGCUUUCCUGAGUACUCUGACAGCAGGAAACUAGCUAGUAUAAUGUUUCAUAUUGUACCACCAGGAUUAAAUCCUUUAGUGUAUGGCUUACAAACCAAAGAGAUAAGAGAAAAAAUUGUUAAACCAUGGUGUAGAAAAUAA